AUGGAGCAGGGCUACGGAGGCUAUGGGGCAUGGAGUGCUGGACCCACCAACACCCAAGGUGCCUAUGGAACUGGUGUGGCCAGCUGGCAAGGUUACGAAAACUACAAUUACUAUGGAGCCCAGAAUACCAGCGUCACCACAGGAGCGUCCUACAGCUAUGGCCCAGCCUCAUGGGAGACCACCAAGGCCAGCGAUAGCCUGGGAGCUGGGGGCCCUGCCGUCCACAUGGCUUCUUAUGGCCCAGAACCAUGCACCGACAAUUCUGACUCUCUCAUUGCCAAGAUCAACCAGCGUUUGGACAUGAUGUCCAAGGAAGGAGGCAGGGGCGGGAGCAGCGGCGGUGGGGAGGGCAUGCAGGACCGGGAGAGCUCCUUCCGCUUCCAGUCGUACGAGUCCUAUGACUCCAGGUCUUGCCUCCCGGAGCACCAUCCCUAUCGUCCCAGCUAUAGCUACGAUUAUGACUUUGACCCCAUGCCUGACCGAAAUGGUGGCUUUAGCAGUCAGUAUGGCGACUGCCGGGACCCAGCCCGUGAGCGGGGCUCCCUUGAUGGCUUCAUGCGGGGCCGGGGCCAGGGCCAGGGCCAGGGCCGCUUCCAGGACCGGAGCAACCCCAGCACCUUCAUGCGCAGCGACCCUUUCAUGCCGCCCUCGGCCUCUUCGGAGCCCCUGUCUGCUCCCUGGCCAGAGCUGAACUAUGUGGGUGGGCGGGGCCUCGGCGGCCCCUCCCCAAGCAGGCCGCCUCCUUCCCUGUUCUCCCAGUCCAUGGCCCCCGACUUCGGUGUGAUGGGCAUGCAGGGGGCCGGCGGUUAUGACAACUCGGUACCCUAUGGAUGUGGCCGGUCACAGACGCGGAUGAGGGAUCGGCCCAGGCGGAGAGGGUUUGACCGCUGCGGCCCAGACGGCAUGGGCAGGAAACGGAAGCAGUUGCAGAUCUACGAUGAGCCAGAUGCCAAAUUGGCCCGGGCUGACAGCGAAGGAGAUUUUUCCGAAAACGAUGAUGGAGCUGCUGACUUCCGGUCAGGAGAUGAAGAAUUCAGGGGUGAGGAUGAAUUCUUCGACCCCGGGAGGCAGAGAGGAGAGAAAGACGAUGAGGAUGACGAAGUAAAGAAGAGAAGAGAAAAGCAAAGGAGGAGAGACCGAAUGCGAGACCGAGCGGCUGACAGGAUUCAGUUCGCCUGUUCUGUGUGCAAGUUUCGUAGUUUUGAAGAUGAAGAAAUCCAGAAGCAUCUACAGAGCAAAUUUCACAAAGAGACACUGAGGUUUAUAAGUACCAAACUCCCUGACAAGACAGUGGAGUUCCUCCAGGAGUAUAUUGUGAACAGGAAUAAGAAAAUUGAGAAGCGGCGGCAGGAGUUGAUGGAGAAGGAAAGCACGAAGCCCAAACCAGAUCCUUUCAAAGGGAUUGGCCAGGAGCACUUUUUCAAGAAGAUAGAGGCUGCUCACUGCCUGGCUUGUGACAUGCUAAUCCCCGCGCAGCAUCAGCUCCUCCAACGGCACCUGCAUUCGGUGGACCACAAUCACAACCGCAGGUUGGCUGCUGAACAGUUCAAGAAGACCAGUCUUCAUGUGGCUAAGAGUGUUUUGAACAACAGACACAUAGUGAAGAUGCUGGAAAAAUACCUCAAGGGUGAAGACCCUUUCACUAGCGAAGCUGUCGACCCAGAAAUCGAAGGAGAUGACACUUUAGGAGGUGAGAAGGAGGAGACGCCCGAGGAGGUGGCCGCAGAGGUGUUGGCUGAGGUCAUCACAGCAGCAGUGAGAGCGGUAGAUGGGGAGGGGGCACCGGCCCCAGAAGGCAGUGACACGCCGCCCGAAGGGCAAGGCCCCGUGGAUACAGCCGAGGCCACUCACAGUCCCCACUCUGAGCAGCUGGUGGAAGUGGAGACACCAUGUGGCGCAGCUCCAGAGAAGGGCGACGCCAACGCAGAGGCUGGAGGUGAAACCACCGAAGCCGCAGGUGAAGAGCAGGAGGUGGUGGCCGAGACGGACGGCGCAGUGGACGGCACGGUGAGGGGCGCAGCUCCUGCCCCGCCGGUCACAGAAACCAAAGCGGAACAGACUGAGGCAGAGCCCAAAGAUGUCACUCCCACGGAAUGA